AUGAACCUAGCCACACCGGAAGUCGAGCCAUUUAAGCCACCUUUCAUGCUUGAAGCCAAGUCGCGUUUCCUAGCCGCCAAACCAAGUCGACUUCAGGAUUCAGUGGACCGGGUGGAAUCUAAUAGCAUAAAGAAAUGGCAUCAUCCUUGGAGGAGCUUCUUGCAGAGGAAGGGUUUAGAGGAAGAAAAUCGAGGUGAACCAUCAAGAAGUGAUAGUACUAUUGGUAGGAGGCCAAGAGACUCUCUUGUUAGAAGAGAGAAACUAAAUGGUGAAUUAAAGAAAGGAAAUAGAGAAAGACUUGAUGGAAGAGGUUCUAAUGAUAGGCAAGAGGAUAGAUGGUUGAAUAUCAAUUCCUCAGAAGAUUUUCAGGGAAAUGAGAUAGUUGAAAUUGAUGUGGAAGAAAACGAGAGAGUGAAGGAUGUAUUUGCUAAUCAAGGGCAUAGCUUACGGAGAAGGGGAAGACAUAAGAGGAAUGAUAAUGCUUCUACUAAACAUCUGCUUGGACGAAGAAGCUAUAGUGAUAAGCAUUGGAACAGCUUGAAGCAGCGGGAGGCUGCUUAUGACAAAGCUAGUAGAGGUUCACAGAUUAGCAAAAGCUUUGAAGACGGUCAGCAUCGAAAGCAUGAUGAUUUCAUACCAACAGUUUCUCAUCCUGCACUUGAUGAAGUUGCUGUUCGAGCCAUUGUAUCCAUCUUAAGUGGUUAUAUUAAAAGAUUUCUCCCAAAUGAGGAAUUCCGGACUGCCCUUCAUCACAACUGUUUCUCCUCUCUUAACUUUAUCGGAAUAGAAGACCAUAACAUUGAGAGCAAAGUCAUUUUCAGCCUUGAAAAAGCAAUUAUAGUAGAAAAAGCUGCUGAAGAGUCUGUAAGUGCAAAAGAGCUGAAAAAAGCCUCAUUGCAGCUUAGUGUGAUAACUGGCUUGAGUUCAAAUGAUUUGAAAGAUGGCUUCACAUUUGGUGUUUCUAAUGCUAUGUUGUCUUCCUGUGCUCAUCUUUACCUCAGUGUGAUAUAUAAGCUGCAGAAGAAAGACGGGUUUUCAGCAAAGCAUCUGUUGCAAGUGUUUUGUGAUUCACCUUCUCAGGCACGGACAAAUUUGUUGCCUGAAUUGUGGGACUAUCUAUUUUUUCCACAUCUUUCACAUCUAAUGGCUUGGUACAAUCAGGAAGCUUAUUCCCUAUCUGAUGCACCAAGCAGGGAAAGGAAACUGAAGCUUCUUAAGAAAGCAUAUAAUGAAAUUUUGGAUUCUAGCACUUUCCAAUUAGCUGUUUAUUACAAGGAUUGGCUCACAGAGGGGGUUGAAGCUCCAUUUUUUCCUGCCAUUCGUGUUCCGCCUGUAUCAAUUGGAAGCAUUCAGCAGGAGAGUUCACCUGCUCAUUCUCGAGGUCUAGCUAGUCCAGCUGGUCCUUUCUCACCUCAGCCAAUGGUGAGUAAAAAGUUAUAUGACACUGUAUUUGGCCAAUCCAGCAAACCUGCACUAAAGGAAACUGAAGAUAAUGUGGAGUCACAUUACUAUGCGUAUGAUACAUGCAGGAGAAACUCUGAUGGUUCUACUGUUGAUGUUAAACAAACAUUAACAUACUCUUCUGAGGCAGUUAAACAUCCAUGUCAAGAUAAUGGUGAAGUUUCCUCCAAAAGCUUACAGCACGAUGCAUCCUUUCUUCUAUGUCUCAGAGAAAUGUUUUUAAGCGACCAUUUUGAGGAUUUAACUAUGUUGCCGGAAGAUGGCAUACCCUCAACAGCUGAGGAAGAAUGGAGAAUACCAGGACUAGGUACGGUGCAGGAAAAAGAUAUCUAUUGCACCAAUAACAGCUCUAAAGCUGGUAAUACAUGGCAAACAACCGCACAAGAUUAUUAUAUGUUACAUGCACCUGUUCUUUUAACUGCCAAUGAACUCAUGCUCAAGAGGCUAGCAAAAUCUGCAUUUGAGCUGCAACAAACUGAAGCACAGAUGAUCUUACUCUUUCUAGUCUUCCAAAUCCUACCAACUGAAGUCAGGCAUUCCUUUAAAGAGUUGCAUGAAAGUACCAGAUAUUUUGAUGAAGAAUCCUUAUUCUCAAGCAUACCCGAGGACUUUAUUUGCCCUCUGACAGGAAAGAUGUUUGAAGACCCAGUGGCCCUAGAGACAGGUCAAACCUUUGAGAGAGUGGCCAUCAAGGAAUGGUUUAAAAAGGGAAACAGAACUUGUCCUGUAACAGGAAAAGUGUUGGAAUAUCUUUCUGUGCCGCUUACCAACUUUAUUUUGAAACGUGUUGUUGAUAGUUGGAAAUUGGAGAAUUGUAGGCAAACCUUGGCAUUGGCCUUUCAGAUGGUUGGGAUCUCAGGGGAACAUGAAUCACCAAACAGGGGUGAAAGUGAAACAGCUACAUUCAUAUUAGAGCAAUUUCUUACCACUUUAAGCAUGGAAGAAAGAAUAAUGAAUACCAAACACCUUAUUUCUCUUGGAGGCUUGCCAUUUCUUAUUCAAAGGUUUAAAGCAGGAAGUAUAGUGGAGAAAAUACGUGUUGCCGCACUUCUUUCCUGUUGCAUUGAAGCAGAUUCAGGUUGCCGAUAUUAUGUAGUAAGAGACAUUAACAAACAGUCUGUUGAGGUGGUUUGCAGCAAGCUGGUUAAGUCAAGAACAAAUGCAGUGUUGUUAUUGACAGAACUGAUAUGCUUGAGCAGGUUUGUGAUAUUUAAUCUUUCUAUGACAGUUUCUACAUGUUUGCUUCCUAGCCAUUUUGUGCAGCACAGAGGGUAGAUGGGAAAGAAUUGCUGAGUGGAGGUGCCCGAUUUGACUCUAAGAAGAGUUCCCU